UUAACUGUUACAACCUUUUCCGGUCUAUAUUAUCAACAUGGCAGGUGGAAAACAAAACAAGCUCUCCAGAGAAGAGGAAUUGUUACUCCAAGACUUUAGUAGAAAUGUAUCUACAAAGUCGUCUGCUUUAUUUUAUGGCAACGCACUAAUUGUAUCUGCUAUUCCAAUGUGGCUUUUCUGGAGAAUACACCAGAUGGACUUGUACCAGUCAGCCAUUGUUUUCAUCCUUGGAACGUUCAUCAGCACCUACCUCGUAGCAUAUGCCUAUCGUAAUGUCAAGUUUAUUUUGAAACACAAAAUCGCCCUAAAGAGGGAAGAUGCAGUUGCCAAAGAAAUGAUGAAGAAACUUGCUGAUGAUAAAAAGAUGACAAAGAAAGAAAAAGAUGAAAGGGUGCUUUGGAAAAAGAAUGAAGUAGCAGAUUAUGAAGCCACAACAUUUUCAAUCUUUUACAAUAAUGCACUUUACCUAGUGCUCCUGAUCGUGGCAUCAUUUUUUCUUUUGAAAAAUUUUAACCCAGUUGUUAAUUAUUCUUUUUCUGUGGGAUCUGCAGCAGGAUUGCUUGCUCUGUUUUCUACCAGCAGCAAAGUUUAAAGGAUUACUUGAUGAUAAUAAGAAUAAGUGGUUUUUUGAAAGAGACACUUUCACCACCUCAUGCUAUAUUCUCCAUAUUGUGUGCAUGUCAUUUUUAUCCGUUAGCACAAUGUAAUUACCUGUUAUGAUGGUAGUUGUAAUAAAAAUACAUUUAUUAUUUAACCUAAA